GGGGUGGGGAGUGGGAUGUGGUGGUUAGAGCAGACGGGGGCCUGGACUCCUGGGUUCUCUCCCGGUGCCUGGGCGCAGCCCCCCGAGGAGGCAGCGCCCUUCUGUGGCCAGGACGUGGCCAUCCGCAAUGGCACAUUCGCCCUGUCGGACGGGUACCGCCGGGGCAGCGUGCUCACCUACUCCUGCCCCCCGGGCUUCUACCCCUACCCCCUGGGCAGCCGCCUCUGCCAGGACAAUGGGCGCUGGACCACGCUCCGUACCCCGAGAGGCUCCGUCUCCACCAAGCCGCUCUGCAGAGAGAUCCGCUGCCCGGCGCAGCUGGCGUUUGAGAACGGCUCGUUCCAGCCGCGCCGGGCAUCCUACCCCGUGGGCAGCGUCCUGACCUUCGAGUGCCUGGACGGGUACACGCUGCGGGGGCCAGCCCAGCGCAUCUGCCAGGGGAACGGGCACUGGGACGGGGGCACCCCCGCCUGCGACGACGGAGCUGAGCACUGCCCCAACCCCGGGGUGCCAGCCGGGACGACGAAGAGCGGCAGCCGGUACCGGCUGGGCGAGCGGGUCUCCUACCGCUGCCAGCCAGGGCUGUCUCUGGUGGGCUCUGCCCAGCGCAUCUGCACCGAGGCCGGGGAGUGGUCGGGGGCCGAGCCCAGCUGCAGAGCCCCUUUCUCCUACGACCGGGUGGAGGACGUCGGGGCCGAGUUCGGAGCCUCCUUCUCCAACGUCUUGGGCUUGGCCAGCUCCUCGGCCUCCUCCAGCCUCAACACCUCCAUCCUAAAGACACCAACGUUCCUGGGCCGCAGGCUCAUUCUUAGCGACGACAGCUUCCUUAACGUCUACCUGCUGGUGGACUCCUCGAAGAGCGUCAACAAAGAAAGCUUCCAGAUCUUCAAGGAAUGGGUGGAGAACAUUGUGGACCGGAUUGCCAGCUUUGAAGUAGCGUCCAGCUUUGCUGUGAUCUCCUACGCCACCAAACCCAAGAAAAUCGUUGCCAUUUAUGAUCCCGAAGCUGCUGAAGCAGAUGAAGUUAUCAAAAAGACAAAGACGGGGAUGAAUUUUCAAGAUCAUGGCAACGGGACUGGGACCAACAUCCGAGCGGCGCUGCUGGAGGUGUAUAACAUGAUCCUGUUCCAGAAGGAAACCUUCAACCGGGCGGGCAAGCCGGAUGCGUGGAAGAAAAUCCGGCAUGCCAUCAUUGUGCUGACAGAUGGCAAAUACAACAUGGGAGGAUCUCCCAAGGAUGCGGUUGUCAAGAUAGAAGAUGUCCUAGAGAUCAAGCCAGACAGGAAAGACUACCUAGAUGUCUAUGCCUUUGGGAUUGGGACGCUGGAGGUGGACUGGGAUGGCCUUAAUGAGAUCGCGUCUAAGAAGGAAGGGGAGAGGCACGCCUUCAAGAUGGACUCAAGCCAGGAUCUCAAGGCUGCGUUCGAGGAUGUCCUGGACCCAAAAAACAUCCACGAUCUCUGCGGGCUAGGAAACGAUUCGCUGAGUGCCACGUCCCAGCAGCGGAACCCCUGGCAUGUUGUCAUCAAGGGGACGACAGGCGCGUCGUGCCGGGGGUCCCUGGUUUCUGACUCGUGGGUCCUGACGGCCGCACACUGCUUCAACCAGGUGACAGACACGUCCCUCUGGAGGGUAAAAGUGGGGACGGUGGAGAUCCCCAUCCAGAGCAGGAUCGAUCACCCGAGCUACAACGUCACGGCCAAGGCCGGCCAGGGCAUCCCAGAAUACUACGACUACGACGUGUCCCUGAUCAGACUGCAGGAGGCCGUGCAGUUCUCGGGGCAGACCCAUCUGCCUGCCCUGCACGAAGCGAGCGAACCGAGCUCUGAAGAUGCCCCAGGGGACGACGUGCAAGGAUCACGAGCUGGAGCUGCUGGGCCUGGAGCGGGUCCCCGCCCACUUCGUCUCCCUGACCAGCGAGAGGUUAAACGUGCAAAUCAAGACCAACAAGUCGGUAAGUGGGUCCCUCUGCCCCCCCCAGGGUUCCUGCCCCAUUUGGGGGGGAUUUGCAGCAGGGGAGAAACUGGGGGGGCUGACGGGGUGUCCCCCCCACCCUGAUCUCUGCUGAGCUGUCUCUCACACAGUCUCUCUCGCACAUGCCCCGACGUGCACACACAACGGUCUCCCUUGCACACCCCCCAACACACACACCCUGGUCUUCCUCGCACACAUGGUCUCCCUUACACACAUCCUGACACACACACACACACUUGUCACUCUUGGUGCGGUGACCUCCCCCUGGGGAGACGGGCCAGGCCGCAGGCUCCGGGGGUUGUGCUGGGCCGAGCCCGGGCCGGAGGGUUGGGCUGCUCCGUGCGAUCGGCGUCCGUCCCUCGGCAGCCCGGCUCGGUCUGUGCGGGGCGAGCUCGGCCCCGGCCCGGCUGCCGCAGUGAUCCCCGGCCAGCCCCUGCCGGAGCGUCAGCCGGGCCGGGGCUCACCGGGGCCGCGCGGGUCUCACCACGGCAGCCGCACGCAGAGCCGCGGACACGGGGCCGGCCCGCCCGCUCAUUGUCA